UAGUGAACGAAAUUGCACAACAAAGCGAAAGUUAGCUAAACGGUUAAUAUAUAAAGACUCGAGAUUGACAUUGCAAUAAGGGAAUACAAACUAAACUUAAGCGUGCGAAACCCUCAUAAAAUGGUGUACAAAAUUGGAAAGUAUGGAACCCGCUCAGGGCAUACUGUCAGGAAGAUAAACACACAUUUCGUACAACGUUAUAGCCGCAGCGCAUAUCUCAUCCGGUCUCAUUUGGGUGAUAGUGAUGAUGUAACCUUCCGUACGUCCGGCGCUCUGGGUGAGGAUAAGAGCAUGGCGGACGACGUCGAGUUCUCACUCAACAAACAGAGAAGGUGGGAGCUCCCGGAUGUGCUAAAGGACCUCAUCGUUAAUCAUGAACCCUUGGGGGACUUCGGUGUUCAGUUAAUACACCGGCAUCGGAUCAACAGAAACGCAAACUGCGUCAGCGUCUUUGCUACGGACGGCGUGUUCAAGAAUGGUCGAAUGGACAAGGAGAGGCAGUUCAAGAUAAAAAAUAAGGGCGGGUUCUUCCAAUCAAACAGCGUGAUGAAGAGUAAACCUACGUACACAAGACGUGAACUUCGUGAACGGAGACGCCGGCGUGAAAAUGGCGAGAUUGAAGAGACAAAUGAAGAAACAUCCGUGACUGAGAGGCCACAGAUCCGGUACGAAGUCCAUGUACCAACACCACAGACCAGCUUCCUCGCCUACAACAUCAAGACCGUUGGCAUGGAGGUAACACGCCCAACCUAUUUUAGAAAUCGCGAGCAUAAACGUCGUCACAACCUGAUCAGAGACAUUUAUGACGAUAUGGACAUUAUGAACGACAGCUGUUCUGAUCAAGAAGAAGAAUGUAUAAAUAACGAUUGUGUGGAGGAUCUUAGAGAAAAGAUUAUACUGAUACUAGAGGACUUGAUUAUUCACGCAAACAGAGCCGCUAGCUUGUUGCGUCAGAAGCGUUUUUCAUCAACGGGAAGCGAAGAUUCUUUGUCAAGUAAAUGCAGUGAAAGUAAUAAGAAAGGACGAAUUAUUGUUAUGGAGAAAGAUGAUAUGAAGAAGGAGGCAGUCCACAAGGGAGCACACGAGAACACAGCACCUGUCAAACAAGCAAUUGUAGAAGCGCUGCACGUAAGCGUAAUUCUAAAGAACGAAGAAACUGUCCCUAAAACAUUGGCUCAAGUGUGUGGAAGCGACUACGUUGAAAGUAGUUGCUUUCCUCGAAAAUUCGUUUUGAAUAUUUCUCGUCGAGUAUCAUCGAGUCCAAUCUUUAGAAAGCACAGUAAGUUUGUACAUGCAUUUCUUGUAUUUACUCGAGACACUGAUAAUGAAAUAAACAAUCUGAAAGAAACUGUGCAUAAAUUGCACCUUAACGCUGAUUUCGGCAGAGGAAUGACGAGUUCCAGAAUUGAAACAAUCUUUGAUUACAUUGAAAUAAAUAUUGAAGAUAUAAUAGAACGAACAUUAUUCUACAUAGAAACACUCCCCGUGAAUUAUCUGAACACGGAAAUUUCGCAAUCCGACUUAAACACGUUUCAGAAGAAUUCCACUCUGGAAGAGUGCAAUAAGUGGGUGUCCCAGUCCUAUCGACCCAACAACCAGACUGUUCUACAAUGGUUCAUCAAAGAAACGACGAAUUUCGAGGAAGCCGAAAAAGAAGGAUUCGACGUGGUAGAUUAUUUUGAUGCGUGCUUGACGGACGACUCAACAGAAGUUUCAUCCGUAAAGGACAGAUUCUGCUCCGUAUGUUUCGAGUCACUUUGUCCAGAGCGACCUGGUACCGCGCUGAUGUCAUGUUGCCACUGGUUCUGUGACUCUUGCUGGAGGGAACAUUUGUCCACUCAGAUUGAACUCGGUGCCAUUGAUCUAGAAUGCCCUGAAUACGACUGCGAAAGGAAAGUGGACGUGGGAACCUUAAUAUCAUUGGUAAACCUUCGUGACGUCAUUAGAAACGCGCGUAAACGACACGAAACACACAUUGAGCAGAAAGCGGUUGCAAAAUGGUGCCCGAAAACAACUUGCGGGCGCUUGAUAAAGGUCCAUGGCGUCGAUAACAAAUUGGCGAAAUGCGCUUGCGGCGGGCGGUACUGUGUUGACUGUUUGGGGUCUUUCCAUUGGCCGGCGUCGUGCUCCGAUUAUCAGGAAUACAUCCGGCAGAUGAAGAAGAACGGCGAUAUCUCUCUUCUGCCACCGGAAGCGAUGACCAUCGUCAUUGCAAAUGGAAAAAACUGUCCAAAUUGCCACCGAUUUGUAGAGAAAAAUGGCGGAUGUCCUUACAUGAUGUGUGUCUGCAAAGAAGCGUUCUGUUGGGGCUGCGGGAAAUCUUGGAACGGCAGGAUUCAUGGCGUAGACUGCCAAAAGUAUGGUCAUAAAGAUACACAUAACACAAAACAUUAUAAAUUCUUCGAGAAACCUAUCGAGGAACGAAAACGGCACGGUUGGUAUAAGAUGGCUGUGCAACAUCGCAUCAACCAGCACCCUACUAGAAAGUCGCGCAUAAACCGAGUCAUGAAGGUGUUGACGAAGUCAGUCCAGGGAGAGCUUGGAAGGCGGAUCCUGGCUGGUCAGCGGGUCGUUGUGGAGGGGCAGGAAGUGGAUCUCGGCAACUCGUUCUCUGUCAGCCAAACGUUACUGCGAAACACGCUCGACAUGUACGUGGAGGUGAAUAAUAUCGUCGAAAACACUUCCGUUUUGUUGAACGCCGGCUGCAUCGCGGAUAAGGAACGCCUGAAACUGCGGUGUAUCAGUCGGCGUUUGUCUGCGUUUGCGGGUGUAAUCUAUGAGCUUUUCAUAAACUAUACGGAGAGAAAGGCUGAAGCUGGAACGCUUCUGGACAGGCUCCUAAAAGUACGUGAACACGUCCGACGAUGUGUGCAGAGCGUAUCGGCCACAGUGAAGACUUUGUAAAUGAUGGGACAGUUAUGUACACCCUUAUAUGGUGCAAAUGAUUGGAGAAACGGAGUAAGCUACAAUGUUAAUAUACAGGUAGCAAUAAAUGUAUCAGGAUUUUCGUGAACUGACUUUUUUACUGACGGACUUCACGAACAAUUUCAGGAAUUUCGCGAAAUGAAUGAAAAUGGUGACACAAUAAGAAUAAACAGUUUUAUUAGAGGUCUUGAGAGGAUUAAGGAAAUGUGUAAAAUGUCCUUGAUGUAUUUAAAUGAAUACAUAAUUAUAUUGCUUUCUUUACAACAGUGUAGUUAAUAGUUAAAAUGAGACCAUGCUAAACCUAUAUUGUGUAUAUGUGUUGAUUGAUGCGAUCAAUGCAUGCGUCGUAUUAUUAUGUAUAUUCAAUUGGUAUGUGGGUGUGUGUCAAAUGAUUGAUUAAUCAAUUUAACACGUUAAAUCUGCGUUAAUUAUUCAGAUGAUAUUGUUAUUUAAUUUAAACAUCGUUAAUUAAAUAUGACGACUAGAACCAUUUUUGUGUGCUAUUUUUUCAUAGGAAACAUUUUUACAUAUGUGUUUUUGCAUGUUGGAAAUGAUUUAUAUUUUGUUAAAUAAAUUUCCAAACAAAAUGCAAUUAAACAAAAUUAUGGUUA